AUGAUCACCGAUGAAGAACUUGCACAGAGAAUAGAGGCUAUCUCUGAGAGCUCCUUGCCCAUAGUUUUGUAUUUCUCAAAGCAACAGGAUAAGAUCCAGAAUAAGACCUUGGAAAAGAUAACGAUGAUCGUCAAAAAUGCAACAAAGAUGCAGUUGCAGUUUCAUCAUCCUCGCACGCUCAUGACGUGUCUACUGAGAAUUCUGUUAUACUACGAGAAUGUAUUUCACACGAAUAGAUUUUGCGACUUAUGGAAACGUCGACGUAAGUUUAAAAUCGCCCAAGAUUGCUAUCAUGCUUUACUGAAAAACUACCUGCCCGAAAAAUCACGGGAUAUCGUAGAGAUUAUCAUAGAAACCAUCUAUCAUGAGCAACUCUGGAGAUUCGAGACCUUCUGCUUUGAAGUAAUGUACAGUCUGGUGGAUAUCAACCCUGCUAUUGCCGGACUGAUUGUCCAUUCAAUUUGGAAUAAAUUAACACUGCCAGAAAUUAGCGUUGAGGAUGCUCACGGUAUCAUUAAGAUAUUAUGUGAGCUUCUGAACAUGUAUGAGUGGCCGGCAACGCAGGAUACAGUAGCGAUAAUAGAAAGGAUGGUCGCGCUCUUUCAUGCUAGCAUAAUCGCACGUUUGACGACGACUUCCCUUCCUUCUUCCUCUUCUUUAACACCUUCACUACCAUCAUCGCUAUCGGCGCUUGCGAGCAUCAAAAAGAGUUUAGAAGUUUGCAUAAGAAAUAUUAUAAGACAUAUCCCGAACGAUCAGAUGCUAGUGAUCAUACAGCACAUGUGCUCAUGGACAAUAUCCGCAGACACGACCGACGAAUUCGUUCUGGAGUUCGGCAGCUUGUUGGAAUUCGCUGCUUAUAUACAUCAGGCGGAUCUCUACGAGCAGACACUCACACCGACAAUCUUUCCACUGUUGAUGCAAAUGGUGGGCUCAUCCAGUCGGCUCAUCAGUCUACUAGGCAACCGAGUAUUGCAGUGGUUGAUAGACCGCCAAGACAACCGAGCGGUCUUCGAUACACCUAAAAUCUUCUUUGAGCACACGCAUUUUGAUGUGCGCAUCGUGCAGUAUCGCAAAGAAGAUCGGUCGUUCUUUAAGUGUCACCGCGAAUUGCUACACGAUAGCCUGCUAAAGAGUCUAAUAAAUCACUCAGAGUCACGGAUGAAUCUCGAGGUGACAUAUUGCACAAUAUGCCUGAUUGCUGUUGAGGUACCCUGUGGCUUUACAGCUGCUGCUCUGAUCUGUCUCGCGAUGAAUCUACAGGAGAUCAUCCUGCAACAACAAGACAAUCGCGUGGAAGUAACUUGUCAUAUACAUGCUAUGAUUAUUUCUAUUAUGUCCCUCAUCUGCUGGAUACAUAAGGCUAAAGUUUUCUACAGCUAUUUGAAUAGGAUCAUGAUGGAAAGGGCGCAUUGGGCGCCACAUCUGAAUCCUCCCAUCCAAUCCCAAUACAACUUUGCGCUGCAUCACGUUCUUUGGAACAAACCGGAACUAUUCUUCGUCGAUUGGGACGUGCGCUAUGGUCUUUGGAAAUGCUUCCAUCUUACCGAUAUCCAUCCAACAGUAUUCCAUUAA